AUACCCAUACCAUUGAUUCUUUGUUGCAUAGUACUUUCUGCCCUAAAAGAAACAGCACCCUUUGCUUUGAUAAUAAGCUUUUCUUCCUUUAACAUUAAUCUUUACUCAAAGAGAGAACACAUAUUUUGUGCACGUACACAAAUCACCAAAUAACCUUAAUUUUCAAUAUAUCGAUCCAUGGACGUAACCAAUUUAUCCAUCGAACAAAUUCAGCCCCCUACUUACGGAAACUUGAUAACCAUUCUUAGCAUCGAUGGGGGUGGUAUUAGGGGCAUCAUCCCCGCAACCAUUAUUGAAUUCCUUGAAUCUCAGCUUCAGGAAUUGGAUGGUCCUGAUGCAAGGCUUGCAGACUACUUUGAUGUGAUAUCAGGAACAAGCACAGGAGGUCUUGUAACCGCUAUGUUGACUGCUCCAGACAAGAAUAAUCGUCCACUUUUUGCUGCCAAAGAUAUCAAGCCUUUUUACUUGAACCAUUGUCCGAAAAUCUUCCCACAAUAUAGAGGCCUUUGUGGAACGCUAUUAGCAAAGGUAAUAAGAUCUUUGGGAGGACCCAAAUACGAUGGAAAAUACCUUCAUGGGGUGGUGAGAGAGAAACUUGGAGACAUUUGCUUGCAUGAGACCCUCACUAACGUUGUCAUUCCCACCUUCGACAUCAAGUGUUUGCAGCCAAUUAUUUUCUCUUCAUAUCAGAUUAAGAAGAGCCCAUGCAUGGAUGCUAAACUCUCAGACAUAUGCAUAAGCACGUCAGCUGCACCUACUUAUCUCCCUGCCCACAAUUUCACGAACCAAGAUUCGAAAGGGAAUGUACACCAGUACAACCUCAUUGAUGGCGGCGUUUGUGCAAAUAACCCGACUUUAGUUGCCAUGAACGAAGUAACAAAGCAGAUCAUUAAGGAAAAUUCUGAUUUCUUUCCAAUCAAGCCUCUCGAAUAUGGCCGCUUCCUCAUAAUUUCAAUUGGCACUGGGACAGCAAAAAAUGAGGAAAAGUUCAAUGCACAAAUGGCAGCCAAAUGGGGCUUAUUGGAUUGGCUAACACACAGUGGUUGCACCCCCUUAAUUGACGUUUUCUCUCAAUCCAGUGCCGAUAUGGUUGAUUUCCAUUUAUCUACUGUAACUCAAGCCCUUCAUUCGGAAGAUAACUACCUUCGAAUUCAGGAUGACACAUUGACCGGAACGGUUGCUUCAGUUGACACUGCUACAAAGGAGAACUUGGAGAAACUUUGCCAAGCUGGAGAAAAGCUACUAAAGAAACCAGUUUCUAGGGUCAAUUUAGAGAAUGGUAUGUUUGAGCCACUGAAAAACGGGGAAACCAACGAAGAUGCUCUCAAAAGGUUUGCAAAGAUACUUUCACAGGAGAGAAGAGUGCGUGAAAUGAAAUCCCCACACACUAAAAAGGCUAAAUUUGGAGGCACUAAUUAAUUCCAUUGGCUUCAUUGGUUUAAUUACUGCUCGUAAUUGUUGCUUAUAGAAAAGAUGUCUGUAAAAUAUUAGAAUAGAACGGGUUUUAGAUAGAGGUCAAAGAUUAAAUUGCUUGUUUAGACAAAAUGUAACUUUAAUGAUUCGUUCAUUUUUUUUAUUUGUACUUUUUGUCAUUCUUUUUAUAUCAGUUGAUUUUUCAACUGUAAGUCAAUAAUAAUAAAAUCUUACUCUUGAUGUAAUUGUUACUCUCAAAUCUUGUAAAGUCAGUUUGAUAUUCCUUGUGUAUUUGAAAUUUUAAUUUGUAUCCUUGU